AUGGAUGGCAGCAACGGUGGGGAGAACGUGUCGGACUUAACCCCGGCACCUGGAACCUCUCCCGCCGCAGCAAUGAAUCCCGAAUCCGGGGCUCUGCGUGCUCUUCCCGGACCCAGUGGAGCCGCCGGCGCCACCAGGCGUCCGGUGGUGACCCCGGAGAUGGGCUGCUACUGCUUCGCCGUCCUCCACUGUCACCUCCAUGGCUUCCCUCAGCCGCCGCGUCCCGGAUUCACCGACGACCCCUUCCCGCUCUUUGUGACCUGGAAGGCGGGGCGGGACCAGCAGCUUCGCGGCUGCAUGGGCACCUUCUCAGCCCUGAGCCUCCACGCGGGACUCAGGGGCUACGCGCUCAUCAGCGCCCUCAGGGACAGCCGGUUCCCCCCGCUGACCCCGCAGGAGCUGCCUACACUCUCCUGCUCCGUCUCCCUCCUCACUGACUUUGAGGAAGCCAGGGAUUACCUGGACUGGGAGGUGGGCGUCCACGGGAUUCUCAUGGAGUUCGUGGACGAGAAGGGUGUCCAAGGCACAGCCACAUAUCUGCCGGAGGUUGCCAAGGGCCAAGGCUGGGACCACGUCCAGACAAUAGACUCCCUGCUCAGGAAAGGCGGUUUUGAGGGCCCGAUUACCAGCGAACUCCGAGAAACCCUCAGACUCACCAGGUACCGCAGCGAGAAGGUGACGGUCCGUUAUGCGGAGUAUGUCGCGUCUGUCUCGUCCCGCCCCGCUGCAAUCAUGACUCUUGACUCCUGGUGGCAUGACCAGAGCCACCCCCCCAAGGCCACCCAGGGCUGUGACAUCAUUGGAUCACUCGCCUCCUCUUACCGGUCCAGUGACUUCCAUUACUGCACCAUUCUCUAA